UGAAACUUUCGAAAAUGUUAGAUAUAAUCAUUUCAAAAUAGGUGAUGAAACUAAGCAAUAUGAGAUGGAAUCAUUGGGAGAAUUUCGAGGCAUGAUCGACAAUCAAAUGGAGAAAGGCAUAGGACAAAAAUUCACGACUUACGAUCGUGACAAUGAUUUGGUUAAGGGUGUGAAUUGUGCGGCAAAAUAUUAUGGAGCCUGGUGGUACAAAGGCUGUUAUGGCCCAAAUCUAAACGGACGAUAUUAUACAAGUGCAAUCAGAAAAUCGAAUAGUAUGAGCUGGAAUGGUUAUAUGUCUCUGAAAUCAGUACAAAUGCUCAUUCGACCAAAAAACUCUUCAAAUCAAUGAUAAAUCACUAAAAAUAUAUUUUUCAAUGUUUCCUAUUUUAUAUUAAUAUUUGAAAUACAAUUUUAUUUCGCGCAUUUUAUAUGA